GAGAGAAGGGGAAUGGCGGGAGGGAAGGUGAAGGAGGAGAACGGGAAGGGGAAGACACGGCAACAGCAACACGCGCCUUACCAAGGCGGAAUAUCCUUCCACAAAUCAAAGGGUCAACACAUUCUGAAAAACCCGUUGCUGGUGGACGCCAUAGUGCAGAAAUCAGGCAUCAAAAGCACCGACAUCAUCCUUGAGAUAGGUCCCGGUACCGGAAACCUCACCAAGAAGCUUCUAGAAGCCGGCAAGAAGGUUAUCGCCGUCGAGAUUGAUCCUCGCAUGGUUCUCGAACUCCAAAGACGCUUUCAGGGUACCCCUCACUCCAACCGCCUCACGGUUAUCCAAGGUGAUGUGUUGAAGACUGAACUUCCUUAUUUUGACAUAUGUGUGGCAAACAUCCCAUACCAAAUAUCCUCUCCUCUCACAUUCAAAUUACUCAACCACCAGCCUACAUUCAAAUUCAAGGACAAGGUUAUGAGUGUUCUGAAAGAGGGAGAUUUUGAAGAGAAAAGGUCUUCCAAGCUCACCCUGCAGGAGUUCCUAUACCUGCUUUCUCUGUUCAACAAAGCUGGCAUACACUUCUCCUGA